AUGUCGUCAGACUUGAAGAGACCGGGUGAAGAGGAUGACACGCAGGGUACUCCUGUAAUGGAGAAGAAGCUGAGGUUGCAAUCUGCAGAUCAUGGAGUCGGGAGUGAGCCAGUCUCUACGUUAGAUAUCAUCCCAAUUGAAGAUUUUACGAAGUAUAAGUCGCAGGGUUACAAAGCUAAGAGUGAUGAGAAACACGGAACGGAAUUGAAAUCUAGUUUCGAGGAGGAAUUGUCGCAAAUGGACCAUGAGCUUGCGGCCAGUCAAGAACGUGAGACGAGCGUCUAUGCAAGAGCUCCACUGCCAGAGGAUUUCUCUUCAGAGACUCAUGAUAUCUCCUUUCAACAGCUUGAUGCGGAGCAAAGCACACUGCCAGGGUUCACGGACGAAAAUACUUCCACUGUGGUAAGAUUUUUCGGUGUCACAAAUCAGGGCAAUUCGAUUCUCUGCAAUGUGACGGGUUUCAGGCACUACUUGUAUGUUCCUGCACCAAAUUUCCCAGAAGCACAGGACCGAGGGCAAUUGGACAACUUCCUCAAAUACCUCAGAGAUAACUACGAUAACUUGGUGGAUGACAUCGAGGUAGUGCCAAAACAGUCGAUAUGGGGGUAUUCAGGCGACUCCAAGCUGCUGUUCUGGAAAAUAUACGUGACACAUCCGAGCGGCGUCAACAAGCUGAGAACGGCGUUUGAAAGGGGCCAUCUUACAUACAAAUCAUGGUUUGAGGGAGGAAUUACGACAUACGACAACAUAGUUUAUCCUCUGAGGGUUAUGAUAGAUUGUGGCAUCGUUGGGAUGUCAUGGAUCACGCUACCGAAGACUAAAUAUAUCGAGAUACCAGAAGAGGAGAGGGUCUCCUCUUGCCAGUUGGAAGUCCGUAUCAACUACAAGGAUCUGAUUGCCCAUUCUGCAGAAGGGGAAUGGUCACAUUCUGGACCUUUACGUAUUCUGUCCUUCGAUAUUGAGUGUGCUGGAAGAGUAGGUGUCUUUCCGGAGCCUCAACAUGAUGCAGUUAUACAAAUUGCAAACGUUAUGAGUAUUGCUGGAGCACGCAAACCUUUCAUUCGAAACGUAUUCACCGUCGGUUCUUGUGCUGCGAUUACCGGCUCGCAAGUGUUUCCGCAUGACUCGGAGGAAGAAAUGCUAAGGCAUUGGCGUGAUUUCGUCGUCACUGCAGAUCCUGAUAUAAUCAUUGGGUACAACACAUCAAAUUUCGAUUUUCCUUAUUUGAUUGACCGUGCAAAGGCGCUGAAAAUUGAUACUUUCCCAUAUUUUGGGCGGCUAAAGUUUGUUAAGCAGGAGAUUAAGGAUUCUGUUUUCUCAUCCAAGGCUUACGGUACAAGGGAAUCUAAAACCGUCAAUAUUGAUGGCCGUUUACAGCUUGACCUGUUGCAAUUUGUCCAGCGUGAGUAUAAGCUGAGGUCGUACACAUUAAAUGCCGUGUCAGCCCAUUUCCUGGGAGAGCAAAAAGAAGAUGUCCACUAUAGUAUAAUCACGAAGUUACAAAACGGCGACAGCGAAACGAGAAGGAGGCUAGCAGUCUAUUGUUUAAAAGACGCCUAUCUACCUCUUAGAUUAAUGGAAAAACUUAUGGCGCUAGUGAAUUAUACGGAAAUGGCCCGUGUUACCGGCGUUCCGUUCUCGUAUCUAUUAAGUCGAGGACAGCAGAUCAAAGUUGUGUCCCAAUUGUUCCGUAAAUGCUUGCAAAUUGAGACAGUCAUCCCCAAUAUGCAAUCUCAAGGAACAGACGAACAAUACGAGGGUGCAACCGUUAUUGAGCCUAUUCGUGGCUAUUAUGAUAUCCCUAUUGCCACAUUAGAUUUCAGCUCACUUUAUCCCAGUAUCAUGAUGGCCCAUAACCUUUGUUACACAACCUUAUGUAACAAAGCAACAGCGGAGCGAUUAAACCUGAAGAAGGAUGAGGAUUUUAUAGUGACGCCAAAUGGUGAUUACUUUGUAACACCUAAGUUGAGGCGUGGUAUUUUACCUAUUAUUCUAGAGGAGCUCAUCAGCGCAAGGAAACGUGCUAAGAAAGAUCUGAAGAACGAGAAAGAUCCAUUUAAGAGAGACGUGCUUAAUGGUAGGCAGCUGGCAUUGAAAAUUUCCGCAAACUCCGUUUACGGUUUCACGGGUGCCACAGUUGGGAAGCUGCCUUGUUUGGCGAUCUCCUCGUCCGUCACUUCUUUUGGUCGUGACAUGAUCAUGGUGACCAAGCAAUCCGUGGAAGAGAAGUAUUCAAUUAAGAACGGAUUCAAGCAUGAUGCCCUUGUGGUUUAUGGUGAUACUGAUUCAGUAAUGGUGAAAUUCGGGACUACGGACUUGAAGGAAGCGAUGGAAUUGGGGGCGGAGGCAGCAGCAUAUGUUUCGGGCCUCUUCAAAGAUCCAAUAAAGCUGGAGUUUGAAAAGGCCUAUUUCCCAUAUUUACUGAUCAAUAAAAAGAGAUAUGCAGGGCUUUUCUGGACAAAUCCUGAGAAAUAUGAUAAAUUGGACCAAAAGGGUCUUGCUUCGGUCAGAAGAGAUUCGUGCCCAUUAGUAUCCAUUGUUAUGAACAAAGUUCUUAAGCUUAUAUUGAUUGAACGAAAUGUGGACGGCGCCCUGGAUUUUGUCAGAAAGACCAUUGAUGACAUUUUGCAUAAUAGGGCGGACAUAUCGAAGUUGAUCAUUUCCAAGACGUUAGCGCCCAAUUACACUAAUCCACAGCCGCAUCAAGUUUUGACAGAGAGAAUGAAGAAAAGGGAUGGUGUUGGUCCCAAUGUUGGCGACCGAGUUGAUUAUGUUAUAAUGGGAGGGAAUGACAAGCUCUAUAACAGGGCCGAAGAUCCUCUCUAUGUCCUAGAGCACAACAUUCAACUCGAUUCUCGAUAUUACUUAACUAACCAAUUGCAGAAUCCUGUCAUCAGCAUCAUCGCUCCAAUCAUUGGUGAGAAACAAGCCAAUGCCAUGUUUGUGGUGAAAUCAAUUAAAAUCAAUACAGGUAGCAUGAAAGGUGGUCUCAUGGGCUUCAUUAAAAAAGUUGAUUCAUGCAAAAGCUGCAGGAGUCCUUUAAAACCAGGCGAAGGCCCACUUUGCUCCAACUGCAAGGCCAGAUCUGGAGAACUGUAUAUCAAGGCACUUUACAACGUGAGAGAUCUCGAGGAGAAGUUCGCUAGACUGUGGACGCAAUGUCAACGCUGUGCUGGAACCCUACACAACGAAGUCCUCUGCUCAAACAAGAACUGCGACAUCUUCUACAUGAGGGUUAAGAUGAAGAAAGAGCUGCAGGAAAACGUCAAUCAAUUAAGCAAAUGGUGA